AUGGCUUCGGAGUGGGAAGGGUGGCUUCCGUCCCAGGAUCUGGUUGUCUCGGAUCCUCAGAAUCCGUCCUCCUCUCAGCUCGCGCUUCGUCUAUUGCGGGGACUUUUCUUCGCGAUGGUGACUUUCGUCAAGAAAGCUUAUUGCCCCGAGCCUGAGACUGCAACGCUCUACGCGUUCCACAUUGGAAUGUCUUUCGUGGGUCUCAUCACCAUGUCAUACGUCAUUGGUGAACUCGCGAGUCUUUUCAUUUCCUAUAUCGGACUGCAAGUGGGGUUCCGCAAGAAUUACAUCGCCGUGGAGCUUUACAUGGCACGCCUUCGUCUCAGUGAUCGUCUGAAGACUCGGACGUACGCGUUUAUGACGUCUCUCUGGUCGUCGCAUGCUGGUGUGAACUACGAAGAACUUCUGGCGGAAAUGCCUAAAGCUAUCCGUACGUCGUGCGUGCUUCAAGUGUCCACAAAGCUCCUUUCGUGGUUCAUCAUGAAGGUCAUCGCCCCUGUUUGCUGGGACGAAAGCCAGAGGAUGGACGAGUUCACGCGCGCUCUUGCUGAACGCUUGCGCUUCGAGUGCUACCCACGCGAUGAGAGUGUUGUCACGGAAGGAAGUAUCGUGCGAGCCAUGUAUUUCGUGAUCAAAGGCCACUUGAGCAUGCACAGCCGCUCUCUCCUGGAUCGACCGGUUUGGCAGCUACUUCGGAGAGCGUCGUUUGCUGGGGUGCACCAUCAGCGCUUAUACUGUACGGACCGUACGGGCCUGUGA